UUAUACCGGAAACUAUAUAAACAAAUUUGUAACAACUUUAUUGCUUGUUUUUUACUUACUUUAUUAACUUUUCUUAUAAAGUUCAAACCGUCAGUAUGGCAACUGUAGUUGUAGACAACGGAUCGUGGUUCUGUAAAGCUGGUUUCGCAGGAGAAGACAACCCAAAAUCUGUGUUUCCUGCCAUGGUGGGCAAACCGAGACAAGUGGGCGUAGCAGCUGGAAUGGAUCCUAAUUCCGUUUACGUUGGCAAUGAAGCGAGCAGAAAACGAGGACUCCUUUCGGUAAAAUAUCCAACUCAAUUUGGUUAUAUCACAAACUGGGAUGAUAUGGAACAUAUAUUACACCACACAUUCACUAACGAACUUGGUAUUGUUACGGAAGAACAUCCUAUUUUACUAACCGAGGCUCAAUUAAAUCCUAAAUUAAACAGAGAAAAAAUGACAAUGAUGAUAUUCGAAACUUUUAAUUUCCCUGCCAUGUAUGUUAAAGCAAAAGGAGUUCUUUCCCUUCAUUCUUCUGGUUGUAUUACUGGUGUGGCGUUGGAUAUAGGUGAAAAUAUUUCGUAUUCUUUACCUACUUAUGAAGGUUAUGCACUUCGCCAUUCUGUAAUGAAAUCGGAGCUGGGUGGGCGAGACGUUAUGGAUUGCUUACAGCAAUCUCUCAUUGAUAAAGGUUAUAGUUUCGAUUUCUCUUCCGUGGCAGACCGAGAAAUCAUUCGUUAUAUCAAAGAAAAUCUAUGCUACGUUGCAUCCGAUUUUGAAAAAGAAAUGGAAAAGUUUACAACUGGAGGAUCCUCUUUAGAAAAGAAAUUCGAACUUCCAGAUGGAAAAAUUGUCAGUAUCGGCAAUGAACGAAUUCGUUGUAUGGAAUCUCUGUUCCAACCAUCUAUUGCUGGAAGAGAGUCUCCCGGGCUUCAUGAAACAUUAAACUAUAGUAUUUUAAAAAGUGGUCAGGAUCUUCGUAAAGAUCUGUAUGGUAAUAUCAUUUUAUGUGGCGAGACAUCUCGAACUCCUGGGAUAACUGAACGUAUGCAAAGUGAAAUCACUAACCUAGCACCUCUCAUUAGGGAAAUAACCGUACAAACUCCACCAAAUAUAAAGAAUUCAGCAUGGGUUGGUGGUUCAAUCCUUGCUUCUUUACCAACCUUUCAACAAAUGUGCAUCACUAAAGAGGAAUAUGAUGAGGAGGGUCCGAUGAUUGUGCACAAAAAAUGUUUUUAAACUCGUCAUUUUUUGUAAAAUUGGAUAACUGAAUGAAAUUAAUUCAACUUAUCUACUAUACAUGUGUUGUAUGAAUCAGCUAUGGGUUCUUUAUAGAAUAAUGAUUGAUCGGAAGUGAUGUUUUGUAUACAUAGAAUAACGAUUUCAAUUACUAGUAUAUCAACAUCAUACUACAACAAAUAUUAAUAGUUUUGACAUCUCAGGUUUUCAUGUAACCGUUCCAUAAAAUGGAUGAUUUUUUUCUAAGAUAUAAAGGCAAAAAGGGAGAUAUCCCAAUAAAUCUUGCAUAUACAUGUGUACAUAAUCAUAUUGUUACAAUAAAUCUAUGGUUGUUUACUUAC